GCGCGCGACGAAGUCACAGUCAUUCAGCGCUAGGUCUUCACACAGUGCACGUAUUCAAUAUGUCGACUAAAAAUGAAAAAGUCGGAAUUGUUGGCAGUGGCCUGAUUGGAAGGUCAUGGGCGAUGCUAUUCGCCUCCGUGGGUUACCAAGUGACCGUGUUUGAUAUCGUGCCACAACAAGUCACAGACGCCCUCGAAGACAUCGAGGUGCAACUGAAAACGUUGGAAAAGGACGGUCUUCUGCGUGGUACACUGAAUGCGGAGCAGCAAUUUAAAUGUAUUAAAGGAUCAACCGAUUUAGCGACUGCCGUCAAAGACGCCAUAUUCGUUCAAGAAUGUGUACCAGAGAGCUUAGACUUGAAAAAGAAGGUAUUCCAAAACUUGGACAAAGUGGUGGACGAUAAAACAAUUCUAUCAAGUUCCACUAGUACCACUGUACCGUCUUUGUUCUCUGAAGGGUUGAAACAUAAAGCACAGGUCAUCGUGUCUCAUCCAGUCAAUCCACCAUACUACGUGCCAUUAGUUGAAAUCGUGCCCGCCCCUUGGACUAAACCGGAGGUAGCGAAGAAGACUAGGGAAAUAAUGAUCGAAAUUGGACAAGAGCCCGUCUCAUUGUCCAGAGAACUUGAUGGUUUUGUCCUUAACCGCAUCCAAUACACUAUCCUAAACGAAGUGUGGCGGUUAGUGGAAGGUGGUAUUGUCGAUGUGCAAGACGUUGAUAAAGUAAUCUCUGAAGGUCUCGGCAUGCGAUACGCCUUUCUUGGGUCCCUUGAAACAGCACAUUUAAAUGCUGAAGGAAUGAAGAGCUACAUUGAAAGAUACGGCGAUACCAUUUAUAAAGUGAGUACAACGAUGGGAGAAAUACCAAAGAUGACGCAAAGCAAAGCCGCAGAUUCUAUUUGCAAUCAGUUGAAUGCGAUGGUGCCAAUCGAGAAGCUGCAAGAACGACGCGCGUGGAGGGACGCUUGUCUCACACGUUUAGCGAUACUCAAAAAAGAAAUGAACAAAACCUACAAAAAAUAAGAAUGUGGAAUAUGGUUUCUGAAUUGUUAUACAAAAAUUAUGAAUUUGUUUUAUGAUAAAAAACUUUUCUCAG